AUGAAAAACAUUUUUCUAUUAUUAAUUUUCAUUGUUUUCCUAUUCCAAAAUAUUCUUGCGAGAAGAGUUCGAACCGAACAAGAUGAAGCAAAAUAUCUUGAAGAUGUAAGUUUUUAUUUUCCAAAAAAAACUCUCUGUAAUUGUUAUGAAAUGUGACAUGCGUGUAUUUAUUUCGAAAAAAAACUGACAAACAUUAUAACUCUGACAUAGGAGAGAAACCAGUUUUCGAGCGUCAGUAACUAUGCCGAAAGGUCAUUUUUAUUACGUUCCAGUUGAAAGCACGAGAGUUACAACAGUUUGAAGAUGAACAACGAAUGCAAUCUGAAAAAAGGAAUUCGCGAUACAGUAGUGCUGCUCAAAAUGCUCAAAGUGGAUUGAUCAGUAAUGGGAGAGCGGAGAGCACAAGUUAUAAUUUGCCGCCAGAAUUGAGACCUCGAGUUGAGAAAACACAGAAGAAUGCACCAAGACAUGAAGCAUUGGUGGCUUCUGGUAAGUAUUUUGAUUUUUUGGUGGCGUGGGGACGAAAAACUGAAUUGUUAUCAAAAUUAUAAUUUUUGUUCUUUCUGAAAAAAAUAAUUUCAGAAAUAAUCGAAUCUUUCCGAUCUAUUUUUUAAUUUUUGAAAAAGAAACAGUGUCUCGUUCAAAAAGGUCUUUUUGAUUGCGAAUUGUCCAGUAAUAUAGUAAUAUUAUCAUACCUUUUCAAAAAAAAACUACGACAAAAAACUUCGGCAAACAUUUUCACAUCAAACACUUUUUUUAUGUACAAUAAAUGACUCAUAUUCAGAUUCAAAUGCUGCUGUCGAUGAGUUUGGUGAUGACGAAAACUGGUGCUACGCAUGUGUCACACCAAUUGAUCACUUGAAACCACAACUACGAAAAUCGAUCAGAAGUUUGUUUGAUAUGAGGAGAACAUCUUUUCCACAUGGUAAAAAAUGUAUUCAUAUACAAAAGUAAUCAAUAGUUUUUCUUUCAGAAUAUGUCACACCGGAAUGUUUAUCAGGAAGAAAUUUGACAGCUUUGAAGAAAAAGAAAUGUUCAUAUAAAUAUUGUCAAUCACUAUCAAUCAUUGAUCGUAAUUCGGCAGCAUCUUUUGUUGUUCGAGGAUGCGCUGAAAAUUUCGGAGCAAUUGAUCCAAAAGUUAUGGAAUCCAAAGAAGAUUAUUCAUGCGAUAUGUGAGUUUUUCAUUAUUUCGAAAAACGUAGAAAAAACAUUUUUAGGCUUCAUGAAAAACUGGAGAUCAAAGAAUGCAUAUGUAAAAACGCAAAAUAUUGUAACGCUGGCUGGCGAAAACGUAGUGCAGCAUCUGCAGUGAAUUUACACAUGUUCUUCACAGCUGCACAGUUCAUCGUAUUCUAUUGGUUAUAUCAAUAG